AUGGUAAGGAGCAUAGAACACCGUGAAGACAGCCAAGGUGGCCAAGAAGGGCAGACUUCGAUCCACCGAGCCGACAAGCUUAAUCCACAGCAACCCAGACACCCUGAGGAGGAUCUCCAAAAGGACAUAGACCGCAACCAGCCAACCAAGCGAGACGAGUACCAAGAGCCAAUCCAAGAGAAAGAAAGAAGCCUGAGAGACGCCGAGGAGCAGAUCGCCAACCAGACGAGCGGGUCGAUCAGCGCGAAGCUAGACGAUCCAGUCUGGAGCCUCCGGAGAGUAGAUCAUCUGGAGGGCAAACGAUGGAUCAGUGAGCCCCGCCGAUGA